UCUUGUAAAAAUGUGAGAUUAGAGCAUUGCCAAUCAAUUGUAUUAUAAUAGUACGUCUGGUAGUUCCGGUUCAGGACUGACUGGAGCUACUGGCACCUGCAAAGUGUUUGUAUCCAAUCUCCUUGAAGUGAUACAUAUUGAAGAAAACAAAGCUGUGCUUGGCUCACCAAGUGACAUAUUGUUUAGUCAUGGAAGCUGUACUGUGGGAGAAGAUUGGAACUGUGUGAUGGCAACAUUUUGAAUUGGGGAAAAAUGUCCCAUUACCAUUUCAUUAAAGGCUGUUGCUUCCAGCUCUGUAACGUUUUCGGAACACAUGACAUGGAAAUUGAUCCGUGUUUACUGGAAUCACUCCCUUCAGGACAGCAGCAGUUGGUGAAACGCAUUCGAUGUGAUCAAGUAAAGGCAUAUUAUGAGCGGGAAAAACUCCAACAACAGACUGGAUGUAAACACAAACAUGCAAAGAAGAGGAGUGUUCACUUUAGCUCUACGGACAUGAUACAGGAGGCUAUAAUACGGCAUGAUGAUAAAGAAGUCUUGAAGCUGUUAAAGGAUGGUGCUGACCCGAACACGUUGAUCUCCUCUGGUGGUUCACUGCUGCAUCUGUGUGCUCGAUAUGACAACAUGUUUGCUGCAGAGAUUCUGAUUGAAAAGGGAGUAAAUGUCAAUCACCAGGAUGAAGACCUGUGGACCUCACUGCAUGUGGCAUGUGCUUCUGAUAAUCCUGAUAUUGUUCUGCUUCUCAUGUUGGCUGGAGCUAAUGUUUUACUCCAAGAUGUUAAUGGACAUAUUUCAUUGGAUUAUGCUAUAGAAGGCACAGAAACCAGUUUCAUCCUACUUCGACAUCUAGAAGAUAAUGGUAUUGACAUAAACUCGCUACAGCAGAUAAAGACAGCACGUCCUUCAAAAAUGUUGGCAGAUGUUCAGAAUCUUGUGGCCUGUUGUGGAAAUGCCAAUGAAAAGAAUGAUGAAGGAGUCACACUGCUACACAUGGCAUGUGCUAGUGGCUAUAUGGAUGUCUCUGCUGUACUUCUGGAGAACAGAGCUGACCCUGAUGUCUAUGAUAACUGCUUCUGGACACCACUUCACUUAGCUGCAAAGUAUGGACAGAUUGCUAUUGUGAAGUUGCUUCUGAAGCAUCAGGCAAAUCCUAAUCUUCUGAACUGUAAUGAUGAAAAGCCCUCAGAUGUGGCAACAUCUGAAUAUAUCGAAGAAAUUUUGCUGAGCGCAGAAGAGAAUUGGAAGCAGAUGGGGAGACAAUCCACAACAACUUGCCCUGAUACUGAAAUGAAAGAGGAAGCAUACAAAGAAAUAAUUUACAGUGCUCCUAUUCCAGUGAAAAAAAUCAACCCUCUCGCCAUGUCCAUAGCUAAACAGGAUAGCAUGUUGGAAAAAAAUACAUUGUUAAAAGCUGCAUCUGGAACCUUGAACAAACAGAAUUCACAAGAAAGCCACGGUGACGUUGUAACUGUGAAUAGUGCUUGCAGAAUGGAACAGGUGAACCUGGUUCCUCCUGCCCCCAAUGAUGACUUGUCCACCUUGAGUGAGCUGACAGACAGAAGUCUUCUCUAUGAAAUUCAGAAGCGGUUCAGCAAUAAUCAAAUAUAUACUUACAUUGGACAUAUUUUGCUGCUGGUAAAUCCAUAUAAGGAACUUGCGAUCUAUUCCACCAUGGUCACUCACCUUUACUGGAGUAGUACAGGGAAGUUAUGUUCUUCAUUGCCACCCCAUAUAUUUUCAUGCACUGAACGAGCCCUUCAUAUGAUGUGGCAGGAAGAAAGGCCACAAUGCUUCAUCCUGAGUGGUGAGAGCGGAUCAGGGAAGACAGAAGUCUGUAAACAUAUUGUAAAGCAUCUUGCACGCAGAGCUGUGGAGUUUACCAUUGAAGCAAAGUUUAACCAUGUCUGCUGUUUGCUGGAAUCCUUUGGCCAUGCAAAAACCACAUUAAAUGUGUCGUCCAGCCGCUAUAUUAAGUAUCUAGAACUGCAAUUCAAUGAAAGCAAAAGGACUUUGACUGGAGCUAGAGUUUAUACUUACUGCUUAGAGAAGUCUCGCAUUGUCUCUCGACCGCCUCACCAGUGCAAUUUUAAUAUUUUCUACCUGAUGACUGAUGGCCUAUCAACAGAGGAAAAAUGUGCUUUUUACCUCAGCAAUCCUGCUGCGCACAGAUAUAUGAACCAAGAUGAACAAGAGUCAACACCAUCUGAGGCAGCGAGAAACAGGGACAAUUGUUUUGCUGUAAAGCAAGCCUUGAGUACUCUUGGUUUCAACAGUCUGGAAGUUGACAGCCUGUUCCUGCUUCUGUCUGCAAUCCUGCUACUUGGAGAUAUCCAGUUUUUGGCUCUUACAGAUACUGACACAGCAUAUGUGUCAAACGUACAGUUACUAGAACAAGUGGCUGGUAUUCUGCAAGUCUCUCCAGAUGAUCUCAAUUCAGCUUUAACAUCUGAUAUUCACCAACUUAAAGGAGAUGUGGUCUUCAGGAGGCAUACAGUGGAUGUAGCAAAUUUUUACCGGGACCUUCUGGCAAAGUCACUUUAUGGUCAUCUCUUCUGUUUCUUGGUGGACCACAUUAAUUACUACCUCCAGAGUCACGAUGACACAACAAGCAGUUCAACUCUUGAAAUUGGAAUAUUGGAUAUCUUUGGCUUUGAAGAGUUCCAGAAGAAUGGUUAUGAACAGCUUUGUAUCAACAUGACUAAUGAGAAGAUCCAUCAGUAUAUACAUGAGAUUCUUUUCCAAUGGCAGCAAGAAGAAAGUGUGCAAGAAGGGGUUACCAUGGAAACAGCCAACUCUCUGGGAAACCAAAAAGCAAUUUUGGACUUCUUUUUUCAGAAACCUGCUGGCUUGCUGUCAAUGCUUGAUGAAGAAAGAGAGAAUCUUCAAUCAACAGAACAAAACCUCGGCAAAUGGCUGCAGACUCAUUUGGAAACAGCUCAGAUAAAUGCUGUGUACAUGUCCCUGAAGGAUGGAAAUGAGAACGUCCCAUCAAAAGGUCAAGCCACAGCGUUCACUGUUAUGCAUUAUGCAGGACGGGUGACAUAUGAUUUAACAGGAGCAAUUGAAAAGAACAAAGCUUCACUUUCACAAACCCUCCUUUAUGUUAUGAAAGCCAGUGAAAACGUCCUUAUUCACCAAAUCUUUCAGAGGAAAAGAACUCAAAAUGCUUCUCAUGUUUCCCCUCAACAUCACCUGAGCUUUAGAGGGCCCAAAGCAGUGAUGCUGCCUCAGAAUAUGUGCUUUAUUUCGCGAACUAAAGGAUUGAAGAAGCUUUUGGAGCUCAAUGGCAAGUUCCUGAAAAAGAAGAGAGCAACAACAUUCUUCCCUUGCCUUGAUCAUGAUGGGCCCGUAACCCUAGCUGCUCAUCUCAGAAGUUCGAUUUGUGAUGUAAUGGGAAAGCUUGAGAAUUCAACACCCCAUUUUGUUCAUUGCAUCAAACCCAAUACAUCCAAACAGGCAGGCAUGUUUGAUAACUUCUAUGUGUCGGCUCAGCUGCAGUACAUUGGUGUUCUGGAUAUGGUGAAAAUGAUUCGGCAUGGAUACCCUGUACGACUAUCUUUCUCCAACUUCCUUGCACGAUACAGGUAUCUGGCUGUAAUAAGAGUUGGGGAUAGGAAGCAGCUUUCAGCAGAGGAGAAAUGCCACCUCAUCCUUCAGCAGUACAAAUCACAAGGCUGGCAGAUAAGCCGGGGUGACGUGCUUAUGAAGUACUGGCAAGCAGAUCACCUCAGUGAUCAAUGUCUUCAAUUGGAAAAGAAAAUUCUCAUCUGUCAAAAAGUUGUCAGAGAAUUUCUAGCCCGGCAACGAUUGCUGCAGAGGAUGAACAUCAGAGAAGAGGUUAAUUCCAUUGAAAGAUUCUUGCAGUUUGUGGAAGAUAUGGGACUGAAAACCUAUGAUUCCUUGGUCAUUCAAAAUGCAACUGACAUUGCACGGGAAAAUGACAGGAUUCGGAAUGAACUUAACGCAGUUUACAUGAGGGAAAAGUUCGAGGCACAACACAAAGGCGAGCCAGUCACAAUCCGAUCCGGCGAUGGGUGUGGAAAGGUCAUUGAAGAGAAUUAUCUGGGCUGCCGAAUGCUGAAGCAUUUUCACUGGAGCUCGGUGACUGUACCUACUUUUGUCGAUGGGUUGGCACAUUCUGUGAUUGGAUCGUCCAUCAGAUCACCCUCCCUUCAGUCAGUAUUCACUAUGGAUGAUAGCAAUGGCCUGCAGUCACCACGGAAACAACCUCCUCCUAAACCAAAGAGGGACCCCAGUACGCGAUUGAGUGCUUCAUAUGAGGCUGUGACUGCAUGUUUAUCGCCGGCUUCUAAAGAAGCAGCAAAUGAAGUUUUGAGCAAACCAAGACCGCACAGUGAUGAUUAUAGCACAAUGAAAAAGAUUCCUCCACCAAAGCCUAAAAGAAGUCCCAACACCAGACUGACGGGUUCAUAUGAAGAGAUUUAUGUAAGAAAGCCAUCUGCAUUUAAAUUCACUUGCACGACUAAAGCAACCCCAUGUACUGGAUCUAUUCAACGUGCCGCAUCAGCUGAUAGUCCUCCAUGUGGCAUGUUCAGUCUCCAUCUGUCACACAAAGAUGAUAUUGAGCCAGUUUACAUAGAAAUGGGUGGAGCCAGAGGGACAGGUGGGAGCUAUCUGGUGGAGGUGGAGAGUCCUGAUCAAGGAGAAUCUGUAUAUGAAGAGAUGAAAUACUGUUUGGUGGAAGACAGCUCAAGUUCUUCUAACUUUUUAGAUGAGACAGUUUGUCCUCCACCUGCUUCUGAAAGAAAAUCACCAACAAUAACUGAUGAUUUUAGAACAGGCAGUCCUAUCAUGACCAGCUGCAAGGAAUUGGUAUGUGACAUUCCGCCACCAUUUCCAAACCUCCUUCCACACAGGCCACCCUUGCUAGUAUUCCCUCCAACACCAGUGCAAUGUUCCCCCGCCUCUGAUGAAUCUCCACUUACACCUCUAGAGGUUAAAAGGUUGCCAGUGCUGGAAACUAACCUGAGUUAUUCUGUGCAGUCAGAUGAAACAUCACCCACAUCACCACAGUUUUCAAGCCAUCAAAAAGGAGAAAAUAAGCCACCAACAUCUCCUGGAUUGGGUGUAUUCAAUGUAUCAGGAAAGAUGUCUCCACCCCCAACCACUCCUCCUCUUCCACUAGUUUCAACUCCACCCUAUAAGCCAACUUCACACUUUAUUUUCCCACCGGACAUUCCAACAUCUUGUUUUUCCAGUUCAGGAAAAUUAGCUUCAAGCACAGACGUUCCCAAAAUAUCACAGAAACCUAAUCCCUUCCAAGGAGGAGCCAUAUCUACAAACUCAGCUAGAUUAUCUUCGUCACCAGUAAAAACCUGCAGGACAGAAACUGGGAAGCACAUUUCCUCCUCCACAGUGAAUAUGUCACUACUACCUUAUUCUUCCACUGUCUCCAAACCAAUCACCAGCCCACUUGAUGAGCUGAGCAGUCUUUUCAGCUCAGGAAGAAGUCUUCUACGAAAAUCAGCAGCAGGAAGAAAAAUACGGGAGCAAACCAGUGGGUGUGAUGAAGUGAACUACAGUCCAUCUAACUGUGGACCAGGAAGUAUAUCAGAGACACGGGACAACAAUGCAAAUAACCCUGCAAGCAGGCUGUCUCCUGCAAUAACAGCAGCUCCAACAGUGGAGAACGGGAAUCAAUUGCUGAAUGAUCAGCUUGGAGCAACAACAUUCUACCCCAAAACACAAUUGGGAAUUCAGGACACAUGAAUUUCUGGAUUAUUCGAAUUCCUCCAAAUAAUAAAUGGAAAAUCACAGAGUGAUCGGUACCAUGCUGUAAGAUUUACUUGUUCUUAUUGUUCACUUGUUUAAGAUAAUUAGGACAACUGACAUCUAUCAAAAUUUAAAGAAUGAAAAUAUAUAUUACUUGAAAUGGAAAAAAGCUGAAAGCUGUUCUGUUUGUUUUAAAAAUAAUAUUUCUGUGUAUGAUAAAACAGAAAAUUUGUUUAUAAUAAAAUGUAAUCUUCUUAAGAAAUAGUAGAAAACUUCUUGGUCACUCAUUGCUCUUCAUUAGAAAAUUUCCAUUGAAAAUGUUGUGUUUGAUAAUGGGUUUUUAACCUGAGCCAGGCUGCAAUUUGUGUAUUUUCAAUUGACAGACAGAAUGGGAUAUGACAAUACAAUAGUUCUUGUCAAUUAUCUUGUCAAUCAUAUGUCUCGACAUGGAGUGAUUUUCUCAGAAAUUGAAGUCCCACAUGAAGAAGCAUAGACUCUAGAAUUAAACCCUAAGAUUGAUUUUCACUGCUUUGAUUUCACAACCUCUGCUUUAAAUGGAGUUCCUUUUCCCCAAAAUUUCACUUGAAUUCCCCUAUUUUGUGAGAAACUCUGAUGUCUUAACUCCUCUACGAAGAUCACACACAAAGGAAUUUCUGGCGGAUAUUUCAUAACUUUUUUCACAAAAGUGAAUAAAUAUACCAGAAACAAUGGAUUUAUCUUGUUUUUUCUGGCACAGUUAAGUAAAGUGAAAACCGAAUGAAAUUAAAUUAUAUAAUUUUAUAAAUCAGAAAAUGGUGAGGUAGUUCAAUGGUGGGGGAGUGUAGCCUGUUGGAAGUCCAAUUUCAAGGACCAUCCCACAUUCUGCAUCUAUUAGUUUUUCAGUUCAAUGCUCACAUAAUCAAUGCUAAAGAAACAAAGCAAUAACAAUUAUACUGGGACUAAAGCUAAUCUGCCCUGGAGAUUAGUUUGUUAUCAUGUAUACCAAGGUGCAAAAAAAUUCCUUGUUCAUAUAGAGCUCACAGGGUGUAAUGGUAUUAAUAAAUAUAUCAGCAAGCGCAAAACACCAGACUGGUGCAAAGUAAGUAGAAUAGUGCAAAGAUAGUGUAAAUUGAAGCAAUGCAAAAAAGAAAUUUAAAAUAGCCAAGCAAUGAGGAAUUAGGGGCCAAGAACAAGGCAACAUCAAUACUGCCAAACUGUGAACUUUUCUGCCUCAAUUAAGUGCAGCUUACCCUUUCAAUAUUAAAAUUGGUUGGGCUCUUAAACCUGUUGAGAUUAAUGGACUCUUACUCUCUGCAUGGUCUGCCAAAUGAGCUUAACCAAACCCUUAGAGGGGCAUAUUUCCCAGAAGAGGUCCCCUUAUAAGUGAAAUUUAAUGCUUCUCUGGAGCACAUAAAUUAACUGUCUUCUGCUGUAAGCACAUUCUGAUCAUGUAUUGUAUUUCCAGCAUCUGCAGAAUCUCUUUUGUUUCUGAGCAUACAUGUGGACCUGGGCACCUGUUAAACUUGGACUGUAAUAUUCAAAAUCUGCAGGUGUUUUAUCUUACAGUCAAAGUUCAACUAGUGCUAAUAUUGAGGGCUCAGGAAUAGCACAGGAUGAUCCUUGUCCCUCUGUUCAGCCCUAUUGUUGCUACAUAGCUUUGAAUCCUGGGUGGUUUUGGAUGCUUAAUUACUUUAGGACCCACUAAAUUUUUGUUGCAGACUGUAUAUUGAAAUGCUCAUUUGGGUGCCAAGUGAUGUACAAGCUCUUCCCUAUAAGAUGAAAUAAACUGUGAUUUCCUUUACUUUUUACUUUGAGUAAUAUUCUCAGAUUAGCAAUUUAGAGGACAAACAAAUAAAAAUACUGUUCAUAUAUCCUAACAAAGAACACUAUGUCCUGAAAUGACUUUAUUCUUCAUUUUAACUUGCAGCCUCAUCCAUUUCAGUGCCAAAACAACCUUUUGAUGAACAAUUCACUAUGUACUUUACAGAAAUACUUACACUGUGUUAUAGGUUAAGUUUAUAAUUUAACAGUGUUCAGUCGUAUCAAUUGCCUCUUUUGCAUGUUAUUCAUGGUGCUUUUCAUUUUGGACUGGAUCCAGAUUUAAGAAAAAUGUGUUCUUCUGGGUGAUGUGGUUACAGUUAAAUAAAUUGAUACUUGUUACUUUGCUUGUUUUAGUAGCAUUUUGUUUUUGUAAUUUGCAGUGUAAUACCGUUGAACAAAUUCCAAUCUAAAAUUUCUAUCAGUGUUCUAUCUUCAAUGAAUUACAUUUUCAAUAAAAAAGAUUAUAUUUCAGUGUAUGCCUGUUUCCUAUUUGAAUAAAUGU